CCGCCCAUCUCUCUGCGCACUUUGACCUCUUCUCUCUUUGGCAAAUAUUUACCUCGUUUCCACCCUAAAGUGGUCUGAGCGUUGCAUUUGAAGAGGGAAGAUGUCCAGAAAUCACAGGCUGCUGGUGAAAAAUGCCAAGCAGGUUGUUUUAAUCUGCAACAACGGGGAGAAGUUCCUGACCAGGCAUGGGAUGAACAACCUGAGUGUGGUCGAAAACGCCAGCGUUGUCGUCGGCAGUGAUGGUCUGAUUAAAGCUGUGGGUCCUGCAGAAACCAUCAGCGCUCGGUACUCGGAGUCCUCCUUCGAUAACGUGAUCGAUGCUGCAGGGAUGUGUGUUCUUCCUGGGCUUGUUGAUGCUCACACUCAUCCAGUCUGGGCCGGAGACAGAGUUCAUGAAUUUGCAAUGAAGCUAGCCGGUGCCACCUACAUGGAGGUGCACCGCGCCGGAGGAGGAAUCCACUACACGGUGGAGCACACUCGAGCCGCUGCCGCCUCCGACCUGCUGGCCUCCCUGAGGAGCCGGCUGCAGCGGAUGCAGCGAGCCGGAACCACCCUGGUGGAGUGCAAGAGCGGAUAUGGCCUGGAGCUCCAGACGGAGCUGAAGAUGCUGGAGGUGAUCGAGGAGGCGAGCAGAUCGCUUCCCAUCAGCAUCUCCUCCACGUACUGUGGAGCCCACGCUGUGCCCAAAGGGAAGACGGUGGCAGGCGCCACAGAGGACGUCCUGCAGGUUCAGCUUCCUCGGCUGAAGGAGCUGAUGUCUGCCGGGAGACUGAAGGUCCAAAACAUCGACGUUUUCUGUGAACAGGGAGUUUUUGAUCUGGACUCGACGCGCGCCGUCCUGCUGGCUGGGAAAGAAAUGGGCCUCAACAUCAACUUCCAUGGAGACGAGCUGCAUCCCAUGAACGCUGCAAAGAUGGGAGCGGAUCUCGGAGCGCUGGCUAUCAGCCAUCUUGAGGAGGUCACAGACGAAGGGAUCGUCGCCAUGGCGAAAUCGAAAACCGCUGCCGUCCUCCUUCCGACCACGGCUUACAUCCUACGGUUGCCUCAGCCUCGGGCCAGAGACAUGCUGGAGGCAGGCGUGAUCGUCGCCCUCGGCAGCGACUUCAACCCCAACGCUUACUGCUGCUCAAUGCCGGUAGUGAUGCAUUUAGCCUGCGUCAACAUGAGGAUGUCCAUGACUGAGGCUUUGGCUGCCGCUACCAUCAACGCCGCGUACGCUCUCAGCCGCUCCGACACGCACGGAUCCCUGGAGGUGAACAAACACGGAGACCUGCUGAUCCUGAACGCAACACGGUGGGAGCACCUGAUUUACCAGCUGGGCGGGCACCAGGAGCUCAUCCGCUACGUCGUCAUCAGAGGAAACAUCGUGUAUGAUAACGACAAAACCCUGGACCUCUGACCCCGAAGGAACUCCCAGCAGAGGUGAAUUGGGACUGGCUCUACAUCCACGUGUCGAGUGCAUGUUGCACUGCUGGAACAUGAUUCAAACGGCUCAGUACAUGUAAUGCAUGUAGUUAUUUCCUGGUCAGUCCAUGCAUAAACUGUCACUGCAGCUGGAAUAGACCCACAGACUGGUUAGCAAAUUAAUAUCAGUGAAAACUUUCAGUUAAUGCAAAACACCCAAAGAGUAUUACAUUCCUGACAAAGCUAAACUGAGCUGAGAUGCUAAUAGCCUCUAUGCUAGAAACCCUCAUGUUGACCAACGGUAACAAACUGCAGUUUGAAAAAUUGUUAAAUUAGGGGUGGAGGAGCUCUAGAAGUCAUUUCAACAUUCUUUCUUAAUUCUGAAAAGUACCAUAUUUCCAGACUAUAAAUCACUUUUUUCAUCAAAAUGUUACUGAAAAAGCAUAAUCUAUAAAACCUUUCAUGCUUGUUGUAUUCUUUAUACAUGGAGAAGUGUUUAUUUUUCUUAGUGUGAUUUGUUUUUCUUUCAAAUGUGCCAGAUCAUGAAAAAUAAUAAAACCUGAUCAUAGAGACAGUAGUUAAUUCAUCUCA